AUGAUGGUGGGCACUCAACGUGUAGAUGGCUCGUUGCCGCCGCUGAAUUCCCCUAGAAGCUACGGAAUUACGAAGCCACUCUCCCUUGCUGGGCCUUCCGCGGCUGAUUUCAAGCGUAAUGUUGAGCUAGAGAAGUUCUUGGUUGACGAGGGACUCUACGAGAGCGAGGAAGAUACCAUGCGGAGAGAGGAAGUUCUGGGGCGUAUUGAUCAGGUUGUAAAGCACUGGGUGAAACAGUUAACCCAGCAAAGAGGCUAUACGGAUCAGAUGGUGGAGGAUGCAAAUGCUGUCAUUUUCACCUUUGGAUCUUACCGACUUGGCGUACAUGGGCCUGGUGCUGACAUUGAUACUCUGUGCGUUGGGCCAUCUUAUGUUAACCGGGAGGAGGAUUUCUUCAUUAUCUUGCAUGAUAUAUUGUCUGAGAUGGAAGAAGUGACUGAGCUUCAACCUGUUCCCGACGCCCACGUUCCUGUCAUGAAAUUUAAGUUUCAAGGAAUACCGAUUGAUCUGCUCUAUGCUAGCAUAUCACUUUUAGUUGUGCCACAGGAUCUAGAUAUCUCCAACUCUUCUGUGCUGUGUGAUGUUGAUGAGCCAACCGUUCGAAGUCUUAAUGGUUGUAGAGUUGCUGAUCAGAUUCUUAAACUUGUUCCAAAUUUUGAGCACUUUCGGACUACAUUAAGAUGCUUGAAGUACUGGGCUAAGAAGCGUGGGGUCUAUUCAAAUGUGACUGGAUUUCUAGGCGGUGUAAACUGGGCACUUUUGGUUGCUCGUGUGUGCCAGCUCUAUCCAAACGCAAUCCCUAGUAUGCUGGUUUCUCGGUUUUUCAGAGUAUAUACUCAAUGGCGGUGGCCAAACCCGGUCAUGCUUUGUGCGAUAGAAGAGGAUGAGCUUGGAUUUCCGGUCUGGGACCCUCGCAAAAAUCAUCGCGACCGAUACCACCUUAUGCCUAUAAUAACUCCAGCUUACCCAUGCAUGAAUUCUAGUUACAAUGUCUCUCAAAGCACUCUUCGCGUUAUGACAGAGCAGUUCCAGUUUGGUAACAGUAUCUUGCAGGAGAUUGAAUUAAAUAAACAACACUGGAGCUCUUUAUUUGAACAAUAUAUGUUCUUCGAGGCCUAUAAAAACUACCUUCAGGUUGAUAUAGUAGCUGGAGAUGCAGAGGAUUUAUUGGCUUGGAAGGGUUGGGUGGAGUCGCGGUUCAGACAGCUGACCUUAAAGAUAGAAAGAGACACAAAUGGGAUGUUAAUGUGCCAUCCCCAGCCAAAUGAGUAUAUAGACACGUCUAGGCAGUUUCUGCAUUGUGCCUUUUUCAUGGGCUUGCAGAGGGCAGAAGGAGUUGGUGGUCAAGAAUGUCAACAGUUUGAUAUACGUGGCACGGUUGAUGAGUUCAGGCAAGAAGUAAACAUGUAUGUGUUUUGGAAACCUGGGAUGGAUGUGUUUGUUUCUCAUGUUCGUAGACGACAGCUGCCACCUUUUGUUUUCCCAAAUGGAUAUAGAAGGCCUCGGCAGUCAAGGAACCAAAAUCAACAAGGUGGAAAAUCUGGUGAAGAUGGCACUGUUUCUAAUCCCAGCUCUGUGGUGGAGAGGCAUGCCAAGAGAAAGAACGACAAUGAAAUGAUGGAUGCGAGGCCAGAGAAACCUGAGAAGCGUGCAUCUCUUAGUCCACAGAGUCUAGACAUUGUUUCUCCUGAAAGUAGUGCUAUCACUACUGGCUGGACCCCUCCUGUUUGCAACCUUAAAAGGCCACCUGGUGAGGAAAUUGAGGCUGAAAAUUUGAACAAUGAGAGUAAUGUACUUGCUCUGGAAGUAGAUAGUAUGGCUUUAGUUCAAGAAUGCUCUGUUCCGGCUGAGCCUUUGAGAAAGUGUGUGACACCAGAUUCUAGUGACGUGGCAGCAUGUGGAAGUGGGCAAGAAGAAAACUUGGAUCGCGAUUUGAUGUCUGUGUCGAUCAGUGGCUCUGACUCCCAACUUCUUCCGAGGCUAAUAGAGAUGAAAAGUGUUGGUGAUGAAGUUGAGAGGGAAUCAAAGUCAUUUAGUGGGACGAGGACGAGUGGAGAAAUUGCUGAUAGUGUUCAGCUGAGCCGUGAUUACGAGGGAUUUGGGUUUCCUACUGCAAAUUCAGAUUCUUUUGUGGGGAAGGAAAACGUGUAUUCUCAAAGUGGCAUGUCAGAAGACCUUCAGUCAAGCUCUUUGGUCAGCAGCGGUAGGGAGAAGUCAGAAGACAGAGCUAGCAGCACAGCAGGUUGA